UGGAUCAUAAGGAGUAAGAUAUCACUAAACCGCGUCCUGUUUGGAGCAGGACUCUGGCAGGCAGGUGUUUCUGGCUCCGGCAAAGGUGCCCUUCCUUCCUACCCCGACACAUUCCCUGGAACAUGUAGGCGCCAGAGGGAGGCUAAAAAUAAAAACGGGCCAAGUCCCGCUGCCGCAUUCCUGCUGGCGGAGAGGCUGACAUGGUGAUGCUCGCAGCGACGGUUUCCAACACAGCCAGCAGCAGCGGCAUCUGCCGCCAGCCUCAGCACCAAGAGGGUCUCCGGCUUCUCCUCUGGCAUGCCGGGGUGUGGGACCUGAUCCGAGAGGUAGCGAUCGCCCCUGCCUUCCUGCGUGCCCUCCUCCCCAGUCCCGUGCCUCGCUCUGGAGGGGCGCACGCAGGUUUCGUCAUGACGCCCGGUGCUGCGAGCAGCAGGGGUCCAUUGCUCUCUUCUCGGGCCGUGGGGAGGCGAUUGCGCCCAGUGCCAAAAAUGCCCUGACCCCACCAGGCGGCGGAGAGGAGCCUGGGUCGUUUGGGAAGGAAGCUGGCACGGCGCCCAUUGGCAUCGCCGUGGCACCGCGGCUCGCUUGCUGCCGCUCCUGCCAACUCCCGCAAGGCCGCCAGGCGGGUCUUCGUGUGUCCCUGUCCGGGGUUCUGAUCUCAGCCUUCGAGCGGCGCUGCCGCAGUUGCCGCUGUCCGCGGUGCUGAUCUUUGCUUGCGAGCGGCGCUGCCGCAGUCGCCGCUGUCCGCGGCGCAGAUCGCUGUCCGCCGCGCGGCGGGAGGCUCUGGGCGCCGCUGUCCGCGGUGCUCAUCACAUGACCAGCCCGUGAGGCGAGCGCGGAGCUGGCGGCGGCGAGCCGAGCCGAGCCGGGCGAUGAGGAGGCGCUGCCCGGGCUGAGCAUUGCUGCUGCUUCUGGGGGCAUGUGAGAGGCGGCUGGGCGCUUCGGGCGCCGAGCUGCUGGGGCUCUGCGAAGCGGGAUGCAGAUGCGGCUGUGAGCGCCGCCGGCCCCGCCAUGCAGAAGGCGAUGCGGCUGAACGACGGGCACGCCGUCUACCUGGGGCUGCUGGCUAAGAAGGACGGCGCCCGGCGCGGCUACCUGAGCAAGCGGAGCUCGGACAAUACCAAAUGGCACCCCAAGUGGUUCGCCCUCCUGCAGAACAUGCUCUUCUACUUCGAGAGCGACUCCAGCUCCAGGCCGGCUGGCCUCUACCUGCUGGAGGGCUGCGUCUGCGACCGGGCGCCCUCGCCCAAGCCCAAGGACCCCCUCGAGAAACAGCAUUAUUUCACUGUUAACUUCAACCAUGAAAACCAGAAAACCCUGGAGCUGAGGACAGAAGAUGCUAAAGACUGUGAUGAAUGGGUAGCAGCCAUUAGCCAUGCCAGUUAUAGGACUCUUGCUACAGAGCAUGAAGCUUUAAUGCAGAAGUACCUCCAUUUACUUCAGAUUGUGGAAACGGAGAAAACAGUUGCCAAGCAACUCAGGCAACAAAUUGAAGAUGGAGAAAUAGAGACUGAGCGCCUGAAAUCUGAGAUUGCAGCCUUACUCAAAGACAAUGAGCGCAUCCAGUCCAAUCAGACCAAUGCACCCAACGACGAUGACAGUGACAUCAAGAAGAUCAAGAAGGUCCAGAGCUUUUUACGAGGCUGGUUGUGCAGGAGGAAAUGGAAGACCAUCAUCCAAGACUACAUCCGCUCACCUCAUGCGGACAGCAUGCGGAAGAGGAACCAGGUGGUCUUCAGCAUGCUGGAAGCUGAGGCAGAGUAUGUUCAGCAGCUGCACAUCCUGGUCAACAACUUCCUGCGCCCACUGAGGAUGGCUGCCAGCUCCAAGAAGCCCCCUAUCACCCACGACGAUGUCAGCAGCAUCUUCUUGAACAGUGAGACGAUCAUGUUUUUACACCAGAUCUUUUACCAGGGCCUGAAAGCACGCAUCUCCAGCUGGCCAACCUUGGUGCUAGCUGACCUCUUUGACAUUCUGUUGCCGAUGCUCAACAUCUACCAGGAGUUUGUCCGGAACCACCAGUACAGCCUGCAGAUCCUGGCUCACUGCAAGCAGAACAGGGAUUUCGACAAGCUGCUGAAGCACUAUGAGGCCAAGCCGGACUGCGAGGAGCGGACGCUGGAAACUUUCCUGACAUACCCCAUGUUCCAGAUCCCCAGGUACAUCUUGACGCUGCACGAGCUCCUGGCUCACACGCCCCAUGAGCAUGUGGAGAGGAACAGCCUGGACUACGCCAAGUCCAAGUUGGAGGAGCUCUCCAGGAUAAUGCAUGACGAAGUGAGCGAGACAGAAAACAUUCGGAAGAACUUGGCAAUCGAAAGGAUGAUAAUCGAGGGGUGUGAAAUCUUGCUGGACACCAGCCAGACAUUUGUCAGACAAGGUUCCCUCAUCCAAGUGCCAAUGUCCGAGAAGGGGAAGAUCACGCGGGGUCGCCUGGGCUCCCUUUCCCUGAGGAAGGAGGGUGAGAGGCAGUGCUUCCUCUUCUCCAAGCACUUGAUCAUUUGCACCAGAGGCUCAGGUGGGAAGCUGCACUUGACCAAGAAUGGCGUGAUCUCCCUCAUUGACUGCACCCUGGUGGAAGACACAGAGAGCACCGAUGAGGACACAAAAGGAUCCGGGCAAGAUAUAGACCAUCUUGACUUCAAGAUUGUGGUGGAGCCAAAAGACAGCCCAUCCUACACAGUUAUCCUUGUGGCCUCAUCCAGGCAGGAAAAGGCAGCCUGGACCAGUGACAUCAGCCAGUGCGUGGAUAACAUCCGCUGCAAUGGCCUCAUGAUGAAUGCCUUUGAGGAGAACUCAAAAGUCACCGUCCCCCAGAUGAUCAAGUCUGACACCAGCUUGUACUGUGACGAUGUUGACAUCCGAUUCAGCAAAACAAUGAACUCCUGCAAAGUCCUCCAGAUCCGCUAUGCCAGUGUGGAGCGGCUCCUGGAGAGGCUGACAGACUUGAGGUUCCUCAGCAUCGACUUCCUCAACACCUUCCUGCACUCUUACCGGGUCUUCACCACGGCUAUGAUUGUCUUGGACAAGCUGAUCACUAUCUACAAGAAGCCCAUUAGUGCAAUUCCUGCAAGGUCUCUGGAGCUCCUAUUCGCCAGUAGCCAGAACACCAAGCUCCUUUAUGGGGAGCCUCCCAAGUCUCCACGAGCCAACCGGAAGUUCUCCUCCCCACCACCCCUCUCCAUCACCAAGUCCUCUUCCCCAAGCCGGAGGAGGAAGCUGUCCUUGAACAUCCCCAUCAUCACAGGUGGGAAGGCCCUGGACCUGGCUGCCUUGAGCUGCUCCUCCAAUGGCUACGCCAGCAUGUACUCCUCCAUGUCACCCUUCAGCAAGACCACUCUGGACAUCAACAAGCUCUACGUCUCUGCCAGCAACUACUCCAACAAGAUCUCCGAUGAGGGGGAGGCGGGCACAGAGAAGCCGGAGGAGACCCUUCUGAACAAGCAAAGCCCAGAGACGUCUGUCCGAGAAGAGGCUGACAUGGAUCCCAACCAGAGUGAUGAGGCAGAAACGGAGACCUCGCCAACCAAAUCGCCCACGACCCCAAAACUGGUCAAAGGCAAAAACUCCUCAGAAUUCCCUUUGUUCUCCUAUAACAAUGGGGUCGUGAUGACAUCCUGCCGGGAGCUAGACAACACUCGCAGUGCCCUCUCGGCUGCUUCAGCUUUUGCCAUCGCAACCGCAGGUGCCAAUGAGGGCACGCCAACCAAAGAGAAGUACAGGAGGAUGUCCCUUGCCAGUGCAGGCUUCCCCCCUGACCAAAGGAAUGGCGACAAGGAGUUUGUGAUCAGGAGGGCAGCGACCAACCGGGUCCUCAAUGUCUUGAGACACUGGGUCUCCAAGCACUCCCAGGAUUUUGAAACAAACGAUGAACUGAAGUGCAAAGUGAUCAGCUUUCUGGAGGAAGUCAUCCAUGACCCAGAACUGCUGACACAAGAGAGGAAGGCAGCAGCCAAUAUCAUCAGGACCUUGACUCAGGAGGACCCUGGAGACAAUCAGAUUACACUGGAAGAGAUCCUGCAAAUGGCUGCGGGAGUCAAGGCGGAGCCCUUUGAAAACCACUCUGCUUUGGAAAUUGCUGAGCAGAUGACUUUGCUGGAUCACCUGGUCUUCAAAACCAUUCCAUAUGAAGAGUUCUUUGGGCAAGGCUGGAUGAAGUUGGAGAAGAACGAGAGGACUCCGUACAUCAUGAAGAAUACCAAGCACUUCAAUGAUAUCAGCAACCUGAUCGCCUCCGAGAUCCUCCACAAUGAGGACAUCACCGCCAGGGUGAGCGCCAUCGAAAAGUGGGUGGCCGUGGCCGACAUCUGCCGCUGCUUGCACAACUACAACGCGGUCCUUGAGAUCACCUCGGCCUUCAACCGCAGUGCCAUCUUCCGCUUGAAGAAGACAUGGAUGAAGGUGUCCAAGCAGACGAAAGCUUUGAUCGACAAGCUGCAGCGCCUGGUCUCUUCGGAAGGCCGUUUCAAGAAUCUGAGGGAGGCCCUGAAAAACUGCGAUCCACCCUGCGUCCCAUAUCUAGGGAUGUACCUGACAGACCUGGCCUUCAUUGAGGAGGGCACCCCCAAUUACACUGAAGACGGCCUCGUGAAUUUUUCCAAAAUGAGGAUGAUCUCCCAUAUCAUCCGAGAGAUCAGGCAGUUCCAGCAGACGGCCUACAAAAUUGAGCAUCAGGCAAAGGUCACCCAGUACCUCCUGGACCAGUCCUUUGUGAUGGACGAGGAGGGUCUUUACGAGGCCUCGCUCCAGAUAGAGCCAAAGCUGCCCACCUGAGUCCAGAGUGGCAGCAGCCCCCUGGGGGCCCUUCCCUGUACACCAUGUACCAUAUUGUACAUAGCAGCUGUUUGUUUCUUUUGGGAACCCUCAGUUGACUUCCUCGUAUGUGCUUCUCCAAGACCCCACCACCACCACCACCCCUCUCCUUGUCCUUAGAAUCUGACUAGCCACCGUUUGUCCUGGGGAGUCCGGCAUAGACCACUUUGUUGACUGCAGUCCUGGUUCCUAUUCAGCUAUGUUCUCUUUGUUGUUGAUUCUUUGCGUGCGUGCACUGGGGGCGGGGGGAGGGACGGAGGGGGUGGCAGCCGGGAAAGCCACCCAUGGGGGCAUGUGGGGCAUUGCACAAGGGAGCCCCUCCUUACCUGAGGAACAGCUGCCUGCUUUCCAGGCCUCUGCAAUCUGGGCACGGCCUUCCAUUUUGCCGGGAGGGGGGCUACGGAACACACACACUCACUCCGAGUCAUUUCGGAUGGCAACCGCUAAGUCCCCCAAUACAAGUCAUGUAAUAAGGGAAAGCAAAUUCUUGAGGACGCAUUUCACUGAGCAGCGGCAGGAGCAGAGAGAGCCAAGGGGACUCUGACCUCCUGUUGCCAAGGAGAUAAGAGAGGCUUGAAGGAGAAUCUGACCCGCUGGUGGUCAACUGGGCAAAGCAGGCUUGAUAGUGGAAAGAUGGUGGCUCUCUUCAAUGAGGCCAAGGUGGAGCAGAGUAGGGUUUGGGUGACAGAGUAGGAAGGAGACAGGCAGACAGGUCUCCCCUGGGGAACAGGUACUCUUGGUGCAAGAUGACUCUCUUUGUGGGGUGCUGUCUGUCCCCACAUAAAUGGGUAGGGAAGCAGGGCAGGGAGGAGACAACCACCAUUUGGGUUUCCUGCCUCAGGCACCCAGGUGGCUUGGGCCAGCCACAAGAGGAAGACAGACAGAGACCAACCAUAUCUUUGAAAAUUCCUGCUUCAUCACCCUCCUGAGAGGCUCUGUGUGAAUUUCGCUCCUCCGUCUGUAGACUUUAGUGACUCUUCUUAGUAACAUAAUGUAGAAUUAGAGAGGGGAGGGGAGGGGGGGAGGGGAAUGGCCAAGUGUUUUUAUUACAUAUACUGUAAUCCUGUCUAACCACUUGCUAGCAGGACUACAGUAAUGUACUGCUUAUUCUGUGAAUAUUAUCACGUAUUUUUUACAUUGUACAGGAUAUAAGCCCAGGUGAAUUUUUGAGUGGCAGGCAUGCUCCACAGUAACGGAAAAACCAGAAGAAGAAAAAACAAAACAAAACCUUUUGCUGUAAGCAAUACCCAUUGGUAUGAGAAUUCUCUUUCAAGACCUAAAAUAUUUCAACUUACAGCUUGUUUGUUUGGGAAAAGGAAAAAAAUUCCAUUUUUGUAAAAAUAUAUGUUUCCUGAUUACCUCUUGCUAAUAAAUCUAUUCUAUCUCAGGGUGAA